AUGCAGUUACAGAAGAAACCGGAGAAGUCAAAAUGGGUGCCACCACCGCGAACACUACCAGAACCUUAUGAAAUGCCACCAGAUGAGAAGAAAUUGUGCGAUAUCUUGAAAGAAGAGAAAAUUCCGCCUACUAGACGAUAUGCCAAGAAGCCAAAACACCUAGAUGUUUUGAUUCCGUUCAAAAUUCCUUGGGAACAUUUACCAGCGCUGCAAACACAGGUAGGCAUGGGAGCAUUUGGUCACGCACGAGAUGCAAAUAUCAAAGUGGAUCAUGGUUCCAAGGAACUUGUGCAGGGUGAUCUGCGUUCCGAAACAUUAAUUCCACUAUUUUCGCAAGCCGCAGGCGAAAACCGAUCGGGGAUGUUGCCGUUCGGAUCAUACCGAAGAACUGUUUCAGAGGUCAUUGACCAUCACGAAUUCGAUAACUCAAAGGUUCUUAAUUUUUAA